AUGACAUCGGCCGCAACAGCUUCGGCCCCUUCCCAGACGAUCCGAGUCGUCGUCCUCGGAGGGGGCGUCAUCGGCCUCACCGUCGCCCACGUCCUUGCGCAACACGCACGGUACGCGAUCACCGUCGUUGCGCGCGACAUGCCGGACGACCUCGAUUCGCAGGCGUUUGCGUCCCCUUGGGCGGGUGCGAACUGGUCCCCCAUUGGCCGCCCCGAUGCGCGCCUGUACAAAUGGGAGAAGACGACGUUCGACAAGUUCUGGGACAUGCUCCCUUCCGGGCUCGUCCUGGCUUCUCCGUCCCGCGUCUUCUACGGCGCAGGCACGAAGCUUGAAAAGACGUGGUACAAGGACCUCGUGCGCGACUUCCGGAUCCUGGAGCCAAAUGAACUCCCCACCGGGCAAGCGUGCGGGGUCGGCUUCCAGACCAUCUCCGUCAACCCCGCGCAGUACCUCCCCUGGCUCAAGGCCGAGCUCACCGCGCGCGGCGUGGAGUUCGUCCGCAAGAAGGUGCACUCCUUCGGCGAGGCCGCCGCGCUCGCCGGGGACGGCGCCGUGCUCGUCAACGCCACGGGCCUCGGCGCUCGCUCCCUCGUCGGGCUCGAGGACCAAGACGUGUACCCGAUCCGCGGCCAGACGCUCGUCAUCGACAACCCGGCGGUGGACGAGUUCAUCUGCGUCGAGCUGCCGAUGGACUCCGACUCCGCGGACGCGACCUACAUCAUCCCGCGCCCCGCGCCCCGCACCGUCACCCCGUCCGGGCGCACGACGAUCCUCGGCGGCAAGUACGAGCGCGGCGCGUGGGACACCGCGUUCGCCGCCGCCGACGCCGCGGCCAUCCGCGCGCGGUGCGCGGCGCUGCUCCCCGCCGUCGCCGCGCCCGAGACGCGCGUGCUCGCGCACAACGUUGGGCUCCGCCCGGCACGCAAGGGCGGGCCGCGCGUCGAGGUCGAGCGGGUCCCGCUCCCGCGGGCGAGCGGCGCGCCGGGGAUCGCGCUCGCGGGAGACCCGGGCGCGGAAGGGGAGGGGGAGGUCGUCGUCGUGCACGCGUAUGGGUUUGGACCGGCAGGUUACCAGCAGUCCUGGGGUGCCGCGAUGGAGAUCGAGCAGCUGGUCGAGUCUAGUGUCCCUUCACUCAAAGCUUGA